UUUGCACGACUUACCUAUUGUUUUUGUUUAUUAAUAUCCAAUAUCAAUCAGUACGGAAUGCAUAGUGUAUAAUUUUGGAGCUGAAAUCAAACCUUGUUUGUACUGAUACCUUGAUUUUUGUUCGCACGUCGAACCUUUGAAUAGGAUUUGAACUGAACCUUUGCUUCAUCAUGGUGUUUUGAAUAGACGGUUUUUAUUUCAGAUAUUGCCUUCCAAUCAUGCACGCUCGAAACUUUCUAGUUUUCCUCCAGUCCGACUUCGCAUGUGAUUGAUAUAAUGAAGAUCAUCCGAUUCUUAGACACUUGUCGUGUUUUGUCCUGAAAUUCAGACUGUAGUGGCACCAGUGAGCCGGAUAAAGGAACAAAAAAGUCGUGCACGACUCAUUCGGCUGUGGUGAGGGAGGGCGCUAGCUGGUUGCGAGGAAGGUGCUGAUUGGCUAGAAUGAAGUAAAAGCAAACACGUCACGUGGAGGAUAGGCUCAGUGGGAUAAAAUAACAUCUCCUUAUAUGGAACAGGAUGGACAGUUCCACUUGAUGGAAGAGCAACAUGAACCGUGAAGACCGGAAUGCACUCCGUUUGAAAGAAAGGGAAAGGCGCAAUCAAGAAAUCCAUCAGGGCGGAGAGGCCUUUCCAGCUAACUCCCCUCUCUUUCCUGAACCUUAUAAAGUUUCCAGCAAAGAAGAUAAACUGUCCAGUCGCAUCCAGAGCAUGCUUGGUAACUACGACGAAAUGAAGGAGCUGAUUGGAGACAAAUCUCUGCAGAAGUACAUGGGACUCCCCCAGCCUGCUGUGCCCUCCACCCCCGAGGAGAAACCCAACCAGACCUUUUUCGCCGAGCAGCAGCGUGGCAGUGGCUCCAGUCACAGCAGCAAAUGGACUCCCGUAGGGCCUGCCGCCAGCACCUCCUCCUCCCAGUCGCAGAAGCGGUCUGGUUUACAGAGUAGCCACGGGAGUGGCCAAAGGACUACCGGCAGUGGUGGCGGCGGCGGCAGCAGCAGCCAAAGACACGAGCGGGACUACAGCAGCAGCAGCAACAGCGGCGGGAAUAGCCAGAAGAAGAGCAAACAUGGAUCCGAUCACUCCAAGUCUCACACGUCCAGCCCGGCCAAGGGAUCUUUGAGUUCGAGCCAUUCCAGGUCGCACGGGGGCGAUCACCACGGCAAGGAGCGCCACCGCUCCAAGUCCCCCCGCGAUCGCGACGCCAACUGGGACUCCCCCUCCCGCGUCCACGCCUUCUCCUCCAACGGGCAGCACCCCGGUCAGGCGUUCCCCCCGUCGCUGAUGUCCAAACCCAGCUCCAUGCAGCAGAAGCCCACGGCCUACGUCCGCCCUAUGGAUGGCCAAGAGUCUCUCGAACCCAAGACGCCUUCCGAAAACUACAGCAGCCAGUCACACAGCAGCAGUAUGGGAGAGAUGAAGCCCAGCAGCAAAGCAUCUCUUUCUAAGCUCAAGAUUCCUUCCCAGCCUCUGGAUGCGUCGAUGUCUGGUGAUGCCAACUGCGUGGAUGAAAUCUUAAAGGAAAUGACUCAGUCAUGGCCUCCUCCUUUGACAGCAAUUCAUACUCCAUGUAAAACUGAGCCUUCAAAGUUUCCAUUCCCAGCCAAGGAUAACCAGCACUCAAAUUUCAACAAGAGAUAUAGUUCAGAAAAAACAUCUUCCAGCAGCCAUCAGCCAAAAACGUGUGAUGGAGACCAAGCAAAUAUGUUGGAGGAUGACCUUAAGCUGAGCAGCAGUGAAGACAGUGACGGAGAGCAGGAGCCAGCAAAGCCUGGAUCACGAAUUACUCCAAGUACUUCUGAGCCUUCCCAGGACACUAAUGAAGGAGCAGACCAUUCUCGCGAUGACUCCAGCAGCCACAGCGGAUCGGAGAGCAGCUCCGGCUCCGACUCGGAGAGCGAGAGCAGCUCCAGUGACAGCGAGGCCAAUGAGCCGCCACGCGUCGCGUCCCCUGAGGUGGGGUUUCAACCUGAACCUCCAACGGCAAAUAAGUGGCAGCUGGACAACUGGUUACAAAAAGUGAAUAAGUUCUCUCCAGCAUCGCCAGUGGAUGGUAACGCCCCUACCAAGUACAAGAAGGAAAGCAGGGAGCAGAGCACAGGCAGAGGUUAUGGGGGUCAAGGCGGAUCCAAAGACUCCAGCACCUCCGCCCCCGGGAGAGACUCACGAGGUGCCCAGAAAGGUUCAGAAUGUGGUCGGGGGCGUCAGAAAUCCCCGGCACAGAGCGAGAGCAGCACCACCCAGCGGAGGACGGUGGGUAAAAAACAGCCCAAAAAAUCAGAGAAGCUGCCCGUGGUGGAGGAGCCGAAGGGGGGGCUGAAAGUGGAGAGCGAACCCCCUCCGGAGAUGCCACCAAACCGACCCAAAGCUGCCACAAAGGGCUCGCGCAAGCCCAACAUAAAAAAAGAGCCCAAAUCUUCCCCUCGGCCUGCUCCUGAUAAACGCAAGUACAAGACUCCCAGCAAGACUUCCCAGAAAUCCAGGGAGUUUGUAGAAACAGAUUCGUCGUCGUCCGAUUCCGAGGAAAAUGAAAGUAUUCCUUCUUCCUCACAGACUCCUAAGUACACUGAAAGCAUCCGGACUCCUGUGUGUAUCUUCUCUCCUAUGGAAGAGAAGGAGCUUCUCUCUCCACUCAGUGACCCAGAUGACCGGUAUCCUGUCAGACAGGUGUUGAUGGUCAAAAUUGAUUUGAGCUUGCUAUCCCGAAUCCCAGGAAGACCUUACAAAGAGCUGGACCAACCUAAAGUGGAAAGGGAGAGUGUUGUUGAACGGGACAACAAGGAGUUUCCGAAGCAGACCAGUGAGAAAGUUUCCAGCAAGGGUAAAAGAAAAUACAAGAAUGAUGAUGAUGGCAAUAAGAGUGAAACCAAGAAACCUAAAAUGGAAGAGAAGAGCUCUGCCAACCACAAGACCAGUAGUAAAGAGUCAUCCAAAAGGGGGUCGGAAAAGGAGAAGGAGCCCGUGCCCUCUCCGUCUGUGACAGGGGCGCAGAAGGCACCUAAAUCGGACCACCAAAGCCGUAAGAGGACGGCAAGCCAGUCCUCCACUUCCAUCUCCAGCAGCACCGGCAGCAGCAAGGAGGGCGGCCGCAGCAGCAAGAGCAACAGCUCCUCCUCCAAGCACAGGAAGAACGAGGACAAGCAAGCUGCCGGGCCUAAGGAGAAGAAGGAAAAAACUAUGAAGAGUUCCGAGUCCCAUCCUGCUCCUCCUGCCCCAACAUCAACGUCGGAGAGUUCAAAGUCUAGAAGAUCAAAACUCACAUUUGAAGACAGGGUCCAUUCUGCGGAUUAUUACUUACAAGAAGCCAAGAAGCUCAAGCACAAUGCAGAUGCACUGUUGGACCGAUUUGAGAAGGCUGUGUACUACCUGGAUGCUGUUGUGUCUUUCAUUGAGUGUGGCAAUGCUCUGGAGAAGAGUGCCCAGGAAGCAAAGUCUCCAUUCCCCAUGUAUGCUGAAACUGUGGAACUGAUCAAGUACACUAUGAAGCUGAAGAGCUACAUGGCACCAGAUGCUACGUCAGCAGACAAACGCUUAGCAGUGCUUUGUCUGAGAUGCCAGUCACUUCUGUACCUGAGGCUCUUCAAACUCAGGAAAGAGAGUGCAUUAAAAUAUUCCAAAACGCUAACUGAACACUUAAAGAAUUCCUUAAGUAAUACCCAAGCUCCUUCACCUGGAAUGGGAAGCAAAGCUGCGGGCAUGCCCUCCCCGGUGUCGCCCAAGCUCUCUCCUGGCAGCGCUGGUGGGUACUCGUCCGGAGGAUCCAAUCCCAGCAGCAGCUCUUCCGUCACCAUCCCUCAGAGGAUUCAUCAGAUGGCUGCGAGCUACGUCCAGGUCACCUCUAAUUUCCUCUACGCCACAGAGGUCUGGGACCAAGCUGAGCAACUUUCUAAAGAACAGAAAGAUUUUUUCACCGAGCUGGAUAAGGUGAUGACCCCCCUGAUCUUCAAUACCAGCACUAUGACGGACUUGGUUCGUUAUACUCGACAGGGCUUGCACUGGCUUCGACUAGAUGCCAAGCUUAUACCAUAGAGGCUGGAAUCGGGACUUGUUGAUGUUUUUUUCAUAUAAGCUUAACUGCCUCAGAUGUAUCCAUAACACUGUGUCCAUUUUAUAUCAGAUUUUGCCAAAAAAAAUAGAAGGCUAUAAGAAGUUACAAAAGGGCAAAUCCUUCCUAUACAAAAAACAACUUUAUAUUUAAGAAUUCUUUCUGCACUCUUGUCUGUCAGUUGCUUUUGGGGUCUGUAAAUGAAAAGCCAUCUUUUUGUUGGCUUAAGCCAUUUUUUCACUUGGGUAUCCUGUAAAGAUGAUUUUAUUCUGACAGGGUGUAUGCAGAUUUCUGCUUAAAUUUGUUUUAAUGGGAUAUUGUCCCAAAUGCAAUUUUUAUCAAAAGUGUAUUUUGUGUAAAAAAAAAUAGUGAAAUAUCUUUGGUAACAGCUAUAAUUUCCUUUCUUUUAAAAAUAUUUUUGUGUAAUAUGUCAUCUGUUGUGGUCCUUUAACAUCUGUAGUAAUCAUAAUUAAGGAACCUCUUAUGAGUGUAUAAUUGUAGUGGUUAGAUGUAUCAAAUGUUAUAGUAAAUUAUUUUUAAAAAGCUAAAUUCCUUUAAAGAGUAUUACAAGAAUAGGCGCAUUCAGACUUUGGUAAGACUUUUGGUCUGUCUGAGAUCAUUUGUAAAAGCUGCUUAGUGGUUUUAAAGAAUAGUAUAACAUAAGAUCUUGGUAUCAUUUGAGUGUUUGUUUUGUUUUCACAGGAAAGGCAAUAAGAUUAUAAUAGUUAAUAUUUAUAUCGCAGUCUAUGAAGCUAAUGCAGGGUAAGCAGUUUUGUUUAGCAUGUUUCAUUCUGAUGCCCAUCACUUAUUUAACUCCAUGGGAUUAAAUUUCUAAUUAAAAUUAAUAAGUAAAUUGGCCCACAUCAUAUGCAUUAUAAACUUUUAAGAGCUGCUUCUGAAUUUCUAUUUUAACCAAAGUACCUCUUUUAACCAAAGGUGCUUUAACUAAUAUUUCGUCUUUCUUUGCAUAUCUGUUGUUUUGGUGCCUUGUAUUUAAUAUACUGGAAGGAGAAUGGCCCAUUAGUUGAUGGAUCUGUUUAUGUAUACUCUUUUGUGUGCACAGUAUCAUUGUACAUAAUGCUGUUUAAGUACUAAAACUACAGCCAUGUACACAUUUACUUUUUCUUUUCCAGAAUCUUACAAUGUGGCUAGAUGUGCCACCAAAAUCUUCAUUAUUAACUACCUAUUUAACCUUUAACUUAAUUGUUCAUUUGUCAGAAUGCCCUGGAAUACAUCUGGUCACUUUGUAUCUCUACUGUCUUAUCUGAGUUGUUCUGCCAAAAUUUGCCGUGAAAUUCUAAAUGGAGUUUAAUAUCAUGGUGUGGGAAGCCAAUCGAUAUUUAUUUGUUUUCAGCAAUAUAGUAUCAAGAACCAAGAUAAAUAUUACUAAAGGAUUUUUUGCGCUUUAAUAUUAUAAAAGAAAUGUGUGUUCUUCCCAUUCUUCAAGUAGGAUCGUAAUAUUCGGAAAAUCUAAUAUAAACAUAGAUUAUACAGAGUCACCCACAGUUUUCAGAUUAUUCUAAGAAAUGGAAGCAAUAGAUGGUCAUUCCAGUGCAGAGGAAUCAAGAUGUACUGGGAUCUUAAUGUAGUUAUUAGACACCAGUUAGACCCAGCUGCUGGCCAAACCCUAAGGGGUGGACCAAUUCCUUACCAAACAAUAAAGUAUUAAAAGGACAGCAGUGUCUUCUGAAUGUUGGACACCUUUAAUUCUAAUGUGAGUCUACACCAAAGACAGUAGUCAUGUUUUUGGAAUAAAAUAUAUAAAUGACUGAAAUAUGAUCUAGUAAAUACUAUUUUGCUACAAAUGUCAACAAAGGGACAUGAAAUUAAGACUUUGUAAGACAAGUAAAUUGUAAAAUGUUUAUAUUUUAACUGCAGCUCCAGUGUAAUCAAGUGACUGCACAGGUUCAUGAGGUCAAGGGCUUACAGACCUUCUAAAGGUUUGUGCAACUUUUGCAAAGAUUAAGACAUUUGUAAUUAUUGGUGUCCAUACAGUGUGUAGUUACCGUACUUGAUUUGACAAUUAAUGUCAUAGGAGCCAAAGUUGCUUCAUUAAGUACUGUUGCUUCAUUUUAGCCCUCCUGGUUUUUCAAAAACCUUGGGGAGUUUCGGUCGUAACUGAAUCAAACCACACCAACGUUUUUCACUUAGUCUGUAACAGCAAAUGAUUGCCAGACUGCAGGUUUGGUCUUUUCAAGACACAUUUUUUGUUCCAUGUCCGUCACUAACAAAUCCAAUGCUUUUUGAAAAUGAAUUUAAAACCGCAAGCUAAAAUAUCCCUUAACGCAUCUCAGGUGUGCAAACCGGACAGCUCAACCUCGGUCAACUCAAAUCAGACGUGUACAGUUAUGCAUCUGUUGAGAGACCCAGAAACAGCUGAUGUUUCUCUAUUAAGUGAUAUUUUGUUGGAUAUUAAUAUGGUACUUAUGAAAGAGUUUAAAGAAAAGAGGUUUUAAAAAGUUUGCUUGAAUAUAAAAGUAUUUUCCUUGUAACAUUUCAAGUUUUUUGAGAUCUUAAAAUUGGUUGUAGAAGAUGGAUCCUAAACUGAAGGAGUUAGUGCAGUUUAUGCGUACAAAUUGUGUAAAAAUAGCAUUUGAUAAAACCUUAUCGCACAUUGGAAUUGAUGCAAUAUAUUGAUGAAACAGGUUGAAAGAUUUUAGAUAUGCCUUUUCAGUUUCACUGUUCUAAUUUUUUUUUUUAUUGCUUGGUUUAGAAAUGGUUGUUUUGGUCACCCAAAUGUUUCACAAAAGUUUAAAACGUUUGUUCUUAAUCUGCUGUGGCUUGCACAGAACAUUUCCACUUUGGUCACUGACACCCUUUGUUUUUGGGGUUCCUAUUAUUCUUCUAAGGGUUUAUAGGGAUAGGAGAAAUAAUUAUGCAGCUUUUCUACAGAACAUUUCAGUGAUUCUGUUUGAUUUUAAUUAAAUUAUUUACAAUUCAGUUGUAAACCCACCAACUAUCAUUACAAUUAGGUAUAUCUAUGGAUGUUCUUAAUUGAAUCGUUCAAUUUGCAAGGCUGCUAUUUAACAUUGUGCCCUCUCCUCUGUAACUCUAUACACACUGGCAAAGCUAUUUCAGUGUAGAUCUAUCUUACACUUGUGAAAGCUGGCCCAAGCGCAUGAAACUGAUAAAAUGGUUUAUAUUAAACAUUUUAUUUUUAAGUUUUCAUUUACAAUCACUCUAAAAAGUAUUUAUUUUCCCCAUAUCUUAUUAAGAUAAUGAGUUCUAAGAAAGAAAACUUGUUGCUCGUUUUUAUAGCCCUCAUGUCAGGGCUUUGUGCUUUAAGAUACACAACUUUUUUCUUUUCUUACCUAUAUAUGAAAACCAGGGUAGUAAAACACUUUGAAAUCCCACAGAAAAAUGAAAUGACCUUAUUAUACUUGCAUGUUUUUAUUUAAAAAGUGUAUAUAAUGUAUAUAUUUCUUUUAAGAUCAAUUUGUAAUUCUACUCAGCAUUUCUAUUCAGAAUACAUGUAAAUUCUAGUCAAAACACAUAUGUACACUUAUUUGCAGUCACAAUUCUGUUCUGUGUGGGUCAUUUUAAAGUUUGUGUGUGUGUAUAAACAUGAAACACAACUUCUUUAAUAGUUUUUUAAGUCUUUAUUUUCUGUAUGUUCCUUAUUCAGUGUUAUGUUGUCUCUGAACACUGAAAAAGGUGUAUAUCUGUGAUAUUUUGUAGAUAAACAGUUUGCGAAUCCAUUUAAUGGAUAUCUGUCACAGUUUUACCAACUGGAAGAGUGGGAAAAUGUGAUGUGCAGAGUCUGCCAUAUCAUUUUCAUGUUCAAAGUUUGCGGAACGUCACCGUUGCAAACAAGUCGGGAACAGGCAUUGGGUGCGAUUAUGUCAGUGCGUUUUAGGUGUAUUGAAGUUUAUUGACGUUUGUUGUUCGCUCUUUCAUAACUGUCUUAAAAGCUGCCAUCAGCAGCAGCUUAACAAAUGCAGAGUGGAAACUGUGGAUUAUUUUAAAAAAUAUAUAAAAUUAUAUAUUAUGAAUGCAAUAUGUUUCAACAGAGGUACUCUUGGAUUCAUAUUCAAUAAAACUAUAUUGAAAAUGUAAUUUAAAAAUUGUGAACUGAGUAUUAUAGAACUUGUAAUUAAGUUUUCUGAGUCAUGUAUAUUCUUUGUAUUUUGUUGUAUUGAAAAAACUAUACAGUAAAGUUUUAGAAUGUCUGUAUCUCACAUUUUGUGUAUUUUUUAAUACAAUAGCACAACUUAAAUAUUUGGUAAAAGGUUACCACGUUUUAAUAUGUAAAGAAUUCAGCUUUAUAACAUCAGACAAAUGCUUUGUAAAAUGCUAGAACUGUAACCUCCUGUAAGUUCAAUAACUCGAGUAGAUUUUCUGUAUUAAUAAACUUUAUAAUUCUUGGGAUCCACUUGUUCUUAUGUUUAAUAAAAAAAACUCAAUGUG